CAGAUGACGCGACCGCGCACUAACCACACGGUAUUUGUCCAUGUCAGCGGCUAGCCACCGAUAAGUCAUACGAACCAAAAAGUGCAUUUUGCGUCACAGCUCCCCGUGCGGUCAAGCUGAACGAGUGAUUGGCUUCAUCAAGCGCAAGCUAUUCAUAUGCAUCGCUCGGGUGUGAUUCCCAUUGCGUACACAAUGGGUUUCCACCGAUAGUUGAAGCUGCUGGUCGAUUGGCAAUGAGGCAGUGCACGUUUGCGAGCCGCAUUGCUAGAGUGCACAAGUAACGGAGUGUUCACUUAGUCUUGCAAACGCCAACCGUGUGCGGCAAUCAACUCCACGGGUCAUUUUUUCUUUGUUUGUGUUCAUCCUGCACCACUCGCGUCCUUUGCGCAACAUGUCCAAGCUUUAUUUGCUUCCGAUUUGUGUGUUUUUGCUCUUCAAUUUCACCUUCAUUGGCACAUACAUAGCUGCAGUGCUGCAGGGUCAUGUAGUUCCAACCGUACCGUACAUCAGCGAUGCGGCCACAUAUUCACCCGAGAGUUGCGUUUUUGGGCAAUUCAUCAACAUGGGAUGCGUGCUGCUUGGAAUAACGAUAUACGUGCGCUACCGGCAGAUUCAAGAGCUAUCCUAUCGACACAGUGACGUCCGGCAGGCGCUAGGACGGUACAGUGGCAUCGGUUUCUGGAUUGGCAUCGGUUCCUGUUUCGGUAUUAGCAUCGUGGGUAAUUUCCAGGAGACGAAUGUCCGCAUCGUGCACUAUGUCGGGGCGUUUCUCAGCUUUGGGCUCGGCACGGUGUACUUCUGGAUUCAGUCGUACAUCUCGUACUACAUCCAGCCAUACAUGGGCUCAAUGCAGAAAGCCAAUCUACGCAUGGCCCUCUCGGUGAUAUGCACCGUGUUUUUCAUCAUUGUCGCCGUUACCGGCAUUAUAUCGCACGUUCUCUUCCGUGGCACGGAUCCACGCAAAUGGUACCCUUCGGAUGGUGGUUGGGAAUAUCACGUGGCCAGCUCGAUAUCGGAAUGGAUCGUGGCUACUGCGUUUUGCUUUUAUGUGCUCACGUUCACGGACGAGUUCCGCACGAUGCAGUUCGACCACCCGCCGCUUAUACUGCUCGAAAUUGAAUCAUCACGCUCGUACGAGCCAGUCAUCAGUGAGCCAACCGUGGCCGUUAUCUCGUGAUUCACUACCAUCAGCGAUUACGACGAGCUCGGCAGUCCGGAACAACCCACAAGUAUCCCUCCACAUAGCAGAAGCUUUAGUCGCAGCAAGGACAGCAGGCAGCGGGCUGCGAUUGGCUUCCGAAACCGAUCGUACAGCGACACUGAUCUCAAUCUCUUUGGCCGGUGCCGCUCGAAACCGCGUGCGUCAUUCGUACGCGAGCUGUGGAGCUCUAAACUUCUCACGGAAUGCGAGCUCCAGUCGGCGAGCUUUGGGCGUGUGGCGUGCGGUAUGGAACCGGCAGCGUUGGGUGUCCUUCCGGUGGCCGGUGUCGUGGGUACUGAGAUGCGAUCCGAUGGCCAGAAACUCGCCUCACUCUCGCUAUCGCUGAUGCUUGUCGCGCUUCUGGAAGCGUUGCACUCGCUUACCGUCUAUUUUAGUGACAGUCUGCGACAGAGCUACAUUUGAUCUAUUUUUGUGUGAAGAUAGUUUCGUUUUUUUCUAUUAGUUGUUACCCCCCGUUCUUUGUUAAGAUAUAAUGAAAUUCCUAUGUUCUUUUCAAACAGCCGACACCGCGCCCUGGAAUUGGUGUUGCUGUAAAAAAAAAUAAUCCAACGCACCCGAGUGUAAGGGUAGGAUAAAGGUGGGAAUCCUAAAGGAUACCAAACUGGCUACUGUUAGUGAUGAACUGAAUUAUUGAACUGGUGAGGUGUGUUAUAAACCAAGGCGCUAUGGAUAAAAUAAAAUGUAAAUGAACACCAAUUCCAUCUGUGAUUAGAAAUGAAUCAAAAUUAAUAGAAUGAAAUGUAUGGAACAAAAAUUACCCUACGUAUGAUGCUAUCGAGUUUUCUAAAAACUCACUAUAAAAGUAAUCAAACACGGAAACAUAUGUAUCUUU